GCAUUGGGAAAUGACAGGGCGGAUCUUGUAUGACCAUAUGGCCACAUUGGAACCACAUGUGUGUCUCUUGUGGUAAUUUUUCGCCCUAGAACAAGGGUGUUACUGAGUUCCACUGUUACACAUCGCACUGUUGUCCGGACCAUCCGACUGUAAUGUUGCUGAGGCGCGCGCUCUUCGCACUCACCUUGCUGCGACAUGUGUUUGCACCCGGUCACCAACUUGCCAUUGUGGCACUAGAAUAAUCCAUUACCCGAUGGCAAAGUCAACCAGCCUUUUUUGAAUUUCUCUCUUUUGUAUCGUAUUGUGACAGCAACAUUUUUUUUGCAUCCAAAAUGUUUGAUACAUAAGGAGAUUUGUAUACUGACUACCCUGGUUGUUGUAGACUUGAUUGACAGGUUCCCCUGAGUCAGUUGACAGUGGCUCUGUUCUGAAGCAACUCAAUUGUCACCCGUCAUGACACGGAAAUGUAAGACACGUUGUUCGGUGAUGAUUUAACUUAGAUUCUGUUGGACAAGUUUUUUUUUUUUUUUGAAAAGUAUGAGAAACCCAUUCAGCAGAAUGACUUUUUUAAACCCUAAUCAUUCCUGGACCCGGAGUUUUAGUGCUCGUGUGAGAGGAUUCCGAAAAGGGUCAUUUGAUAGAGAUGUGGGUGCCAAACGCAGGAGAAGACUCAAAGAAUUAGAAGCCUCAGAAGCUUGCACUUGGCUGAGGGCCGCUGGUUUUCCCCAGUAUGCACAACUCUAUGAAGAUGGCCUGUUUCCCAUCGAGCUGACCAGUGUAGAAGUGGACCAUGACUUUUUAGACUCAGAUUCUAUUCAGCCCUUGUAUAGGCGACUGAACACAUUAAACAAAUGUGCUCUUUUGAAAGUAGAGGCUCCAUCCAGGAAAGUGACGGAUGACUCAGAUGAAGAGGACCAGUGUGCUCUCAGUGACAAGUGGAAAUAUCUGCGCACAAGUCGUCGCUGGUCACGGAAAGAUCUGGACAUUGGUCAGUGUGUGGCCCACAGCCCAGUGCUGCGCUCAGCCAGUAGCCAUGACAGCCUUCUGACCGAUCAGGACAGUGUGGGAAUGACCGGUGAUGUCCGCAAGGGCGAUUCGCGCGGACAGAGGCAGCCAAACAAGAUGUCACAGCCCAGCACUCUGACCACGGACUCCAACCAGAAAAUGAAACGUUCCACAUCUGGUUCUUUCAUAGUGAGUCCAAGAUUGAGGAGAGCCGCCAGCGAAAGGAUCAAAAGUGCGCGUAAUUUGCUGAAAAGGGUUGAAAGCUUUAAAAGAAGUCGAAGUCGAAAGGCUCCCACAAACAUUUCUCAGAUUAGCCAGCCUGUCAUUGUGGACUCCAAAGACAUGCAGGCCAAGAUACAGCAUUUGAACUGUAAGGAGAUUACUCCCUGCCCUGACACAACAGCAGCGACAAGUCCGGAAGUUGUUAGCAGUCCGGAACUUCCGAGAAAGGUGGAUAACGGCACAAAUUCCCACCUGGGAUUUGCCUCGGCGUCAUCUGAGGACAUGUCUGAUAAUUCUAGGACGUCCCCUGAAUUGGGGGAGAAAGGUGAUAGUAAGACAUUGGACCGACCCAAACCCCUUCCUCCAGCUGACCUGUUCACCCCUCUGUCACAUACAGAGAUGGACAGCUCCACACAGGCAAUCUCCACAGCAGCCAGAGCCGCUGUGGAGAACCGAAUCUCCCGGCGGUCCAAUCGGAUUAGUCAUUUUGCCAAUUCCCCAGAGCUGCCGCACCACUCAGAUAUUCCCUUACAAACUUACUACUUACCUCAGGAUUAUAUUCCUGGAAGUUUUCCAAAAGAACUCUCCAAAGGCAGUGGGGAGGCGGAGCCGUGUGCGCGGGUGAGGUUACGGACAGUCAGCGGGAGUCCCGAGGUGGACCAGGCGCAGUCGGCCACCAGUGACCACCGUGCUAGCGUCUACGACAACGUUCUCACGGACGACGAGUUGGCAGCGGCACACAAAGAGCUGGAUAUUAUACUCCAUGAACUGUUCCAGGAUAUCAACGGCUUGAGCCAUGUUCUUAACUCCAGUGAACCUGAAAUGACAGAUACAUCAGAGAGUACAGCUCCCCUAGUGGUAGAUUCAGACGACAGUCUUCCUAAACCUUCUCCUGUGAAGGAUGAAGUGAGUGACGGCAGAGGUAGCUUGUCGUCGCCCGGAGAGGGUGUGACUUCGACAUGGCCUCAAGAUGGGGGGACUUCACAGGGAGAAACUGGCAAUGUGUCACUACAGUGCGAGUUUGGCACUGUGUCGUCACAGGGCGAGUUUGGAACUGUGUCGUCACAGGGCGAGUUUGGAACUGUGUCGUCACAGGGAGAGUGUGGGACUGUGUCAUCACACAAUGCUAGCGAGAUUGAGGGCAGCAGAGAGAGGCGUGACUCGGGGGUGGGGUCAUCGCUAACCAGAGCUCCCAGUGACAGAAGGCGCACAAGAAUCCGAUGGCACAGUUUCCAGAAGUCUCACCGACCAAGCUUUAACAGCCGGAGUCUUCAGAUUAUUGGAUUUUCUGCUGGGCAGCUCAUGGUGCUAAAGAAACUAGCCAUGGUAAAACUAACCGCCAUAAUGGAGAAGUAUUCUCCGGUCAACAGGACAGGCUGGAAUUGGGUGGUCAACCGUUUGAUGAAACGCCCCAAAACCCCCGAUUACAAGGAUAAGAACAUCUUUGGAGUGCCUCUGCUGGUGACACUACAGAGAUCGGGGCAACCUAUCCCACAGUGCUUGCUGUAUGCAAUGCGCUUUCUCAGGAAAACCUCUAAGGACGCAGUGGGAAUAUUCCGCAAAUCAGGAGUACGAUCGAGGAUACAAAAGUUACGAAAUGAUCUCGAGCAAAGACCCGACCAGGUAAACUUUGUAGAUGAGCUGCAGGCCUAUGACGUCGCUGAUCUACUGAAGCAGUACUUCAGAGAGUUACCUGAGUGUCUGCUGACCAACAAGCUCUCAGAGACAUUCAUCAGCAUAUUCACCUAUGUUCCCCCUGACCUAAGGCUGGAGGCGCUUCAAUCAGCGGUGAUUCUCAUGCCAGAUGAAAACCGUGAAGUUCUUCAGUCUCUCCUCCUCUUCCUCAGUGACAUCUCCCUGUCCUCAGAUGAGCACCAGAUGACAGCCAGCAACCUUGCAGUCUGUUUUGCCCCAUCACUAUUUGCGAUCUGCGGCACUCGCAGUCUACCACCCACGGCCAGCCCUCGUAUGAAACGUUCCAACAACAAAGGCCUUGGGGUGCCGGAUCAGAGAGAACUUUUAGACCAGAAAGCUGCUCAUGAGUGUCUCACCAUGAUGAUUGUACAGUGUAAACAACUGUUCAUGAUCUCAGCAGAAACCUUAACGAGAUGUCGCUUCUCUUACAUGGAGGAAGGAGAGCCUGUGUCUCUGGAGGAGUUGUGUAAGACGGAUGAGUUAUCUGCCCCUGAUAUCACAAAUUAUGUGGACUCGUGUAUAAAGGGCAUCCUGAAGGAGGCUCGUGAGAAGUUUAAGAGCUGGACAGCCUUGCCCGGGGUUGAGGAUGUGGACUUGUCAUACAAGAAGGUUGGGGACGGUCAUCCGCUGCGGCUCUGGCGUUGUUCCGUGGAGGUGGAAGCUCCGCCCACUGAGGUCCUCAACAGGAUUCUGUCAGAGCAAUAUCUGUGGGAUGAAGACCUGUUACAGUGGAAGACAGUGGAGAAAAUCAACAACCAGACCGAUGUAUUCCAGUAUGUGAGGAACUCCAUGGCACCUCAUCCAACGAGAGACUACUGUGUCCUCAGAUCAUGGCGGACUGACCUGGCUAAGGGAGCCUGUGUGCUGGUGUCCACCUCCAUAGAUCACCCCGGGGCACCCCUGCUGGGAGGGGUGAGGGGAGUCGUCCUGGCCUCUAGGUACCUGAUAGAGCCCUGUGGGUCGGGCAAAUCCCGCCUCACCCACCUCAGUCGUAUAGAUGUCAGAGGGAAAGGUCCAGAGUGGUACAGCAAGGUAUACGGUCACAUCUGUAGCAACUUCAUGUGCAAGAUAAAGGCAUCUUUCACACACGGAGACAACAUUUCAGAGGGGCCAGAAACAAAGGUUUAACAAAUUGUUCAACAGGCUUAAGGAUACCCAUGAAUAAACUGCACAAAAUUGUAGCAAAAAAGUAACCUGGUUUAGCAGAGAUUGAGUCGAGUGUUCCCUAAAAUGGAGGCAAGCAAAAAGGGAUAAAUCUUCACACCUGAAUUUGAGAUGGGUACAGAUUGAUGGAGGCAUCUUCCUAGCAAAGGACAGAUGCGAAAAGGGAUUGAAAGAAAAAAGGGUGAAUUUUACAAGACUUCAUUAUUUUCCCAGGAUACAGCCAAACACUGAAACCAGGAAGACAUGCAGGUUUUUUUUUUUUCCUCAUAGAACUGCCUCGACAGAUAAUACUACUGUGGGGCGAAAAAUCAUGUUGCAAUCGCAACAAUUUGCAUGAAGUCAUGGUGGCUGCCUGAUCAUGGCUAACAUUUGUCACUGCCCUGAAAUGUUAGUAAAACCAGCAGAGUCACUGGAGAAAUGCCAUUUUUGUGAUGAACUGUAAAUUUGGGUCUGUACUCAGCUUAUAAAAAUAGUGUUAUAAUGUAUAUAUGUACUCGUGGGAGAAAACAGUGCUGUACAAAGUUACAUCCCCCCCCCCCCUCCAUUGUCAUCUGCAAUCUGUAAUUGAAAUGUGCCAUUUUUUUUCAGUCUGUCACUUAAGUCUCUCUUUUUUUUUUUUUUUAUUGAUGUCGUAUUGACAUUAUUUGCAUGAUUCACUGUUUGUCUCAGCUGCUCAGCGUUCCCAUUCUGCAUGGAGUUGUCUCCCCUUACAGCUGUGAGCAUUCUAAUCUGACUUCCUUUCUCGAUGUUCAUGUCUCACUGAAUAAAACCAUUCCUGGCCAGAGGCCACUUUCAGAAAAGCUUCAGUCAUAAAUGACUUGUAUUGACAUUGUCUAGCCUAUAAAGGCAUAAGAUACAUGUAGUAUAACUUUGUGAGUAAAAUCAAUUUAAAAACUUUGAUGAAAGUUGACCAUGAAAUCAGCCAAUGAAAUUUGCAUAAUGAUUCACCUUCAGUAAUAUUCAUGACAUUAAUGUUGGGAAAGAUCCUGCCUUAGGUAUCACACUAAGAGAUCAUGUGAUAUUAGUUGGCAUGGAAACAUUAUGGGUCUCAAUGGGGGUCUUCUAGUUUACCACUGAGUGGAGAUAGUUUUGUGAUAGUUGCCAUGACAGUACCAUACUCUGUGUUCAUUUGUAAUGUGCCAUGUUCUAACAGUGCUAGUACACAGCAUUUUACAGUUUUUUCCCCGCUCUUUGUCAUGGUGUGAAAUAGAAGUGCUACCUCUUGAUUAGUUGCUGCCAAAUGACAUAAUAAUGCAAAGACAGGUCUUAUUUCGCGUAUUGUAAUCAGAAUGUUUCUUGUCACACCAGCUAAUACUGAUUGUUGCACUCGCUCGUUACACGGUUAUCACAGUUAAUUGUAAGACAGGUUGUUAAGUUACUGAACUUAACGUUUCUUUUAUUAAAAUACUUCACAAACUGAUGAUUAAUUUAUAUGGCACCAGUAGAAAAUAUUGAACAUAUUUUAAGCGUUUUAUCAAAGGGCUUCUAAAUGUAAUAAAUACUGGUAAAUAUUUUCACAACUAUAGUGCAACAGUAUGCAAUUUUCAUACAUAGUAAAUAUUAUAACGUACGAACGUUUUCGGUAUUGAAACUGAGAACCUGAAAGUUGAUGGAACUGAUAUUAAAACUAUAUAUGUAUCUUAAGCUACUGGCCGUAAGUGGGAAGGUCUGACAGCAACCUGCGCAUGGUUGUGGGUUUCCCCCGGGCUGUGCCCGGUUUCCACCCACCAUAAUGCUGGCCGCCGUCGUAUAAUUGAAAUAUUCUUGAGUACGGCGUAAAACACCUGUCAAAUAAAUAAACAAAUAAAUCUUAAGCUAAAACUGUGAAAAUCUUAAUCUUCCUUUUUUGUUUGAACUUGAGUAAAUUGCUAACUUGAUUUUCUAGUGAUGAUCUAAGAUUAAUAGCCUCACCCGAUUCUGUAUCACCCCCUUUAUCACCCCUCCCCAUCAAUUCUCCUUACCCCUGAGGGUUUACACAGUAAACAUACAGAACUCCUAACCAAUAUGUAAAUAAAAUUCCCAUGUCAUUUAGUUUCCUGCAUGUAAGAAAAACACAAAAAGAGUAAUCCAUUAUAGCCUAGCUAAAUCUGGUUACAGGUCAAUUAUAGGACAUUGUAAAUUUGAAAUAUUCUUGAGUACAGUGUAAAACACAAAUCAAAUAAAAAAGUAAAUAAAUAAGUUUCCAGUAUCUGCAGAAUAUUAUAUAAUAAAGUUACAGCAUGAUACAUGUAUUAUUUUACUCUUUGUACUGUAGCUGUGCUAGCUAUUAUUUUCAACAUCAACUCCUAACAUCUGUUUUUUUUUUUUUAGUGUCUAACAAAAUCAAAUCAUUAACAAUGGGAUGAAAAGGCCACUAAGUUGUAUUUAAUAAGUUUUCCUGAAUCUUUGUGUGAAGUCAUUUCUUCAGAUUACUGUAUGUAAAUCUUUAUGAUCAUGGCUGAGGCUGUAUUGAAUAUCGUAAGUGGGGAUGGUCUGACAGCAACCUGUGGAUGGUCGUGGGUUUCCCCCGGGCUGUGUCCGGUUUCCUCCCACCAUAUUGCUGGCCGCCGUCAUAUAAGUGAAAUAUUCUUGAGUAAACCACCAAAUCAAAUAAAUAAAUAAAUAAAUAAAUACUGUAUGGAAUAACAUCUCCAAACACUAGUGCUUAUGUUCUAGAGGAUAAAAUCACAACCUAGCUUACGUGUAUGCAGAUAGCAUGGUUAGCAAAUCUUGGCUUGGUUGAAGAAUUGACCAAUUGUCGCUGACAUUCUAUAGCGGUAAGAAUUACUGCAUAUGUUAUAUAGUGAGAAGCAUUUCUAGUAUUCAUUGAUAUUACUGAAUAAAAACAACAUUUUAUUUUCCAACGGAAUGCACAAAGUUGUCCUCUGUGUUAGUGUCUGUACAUACGCUUUAUGAUGAUAUCUUGUUUUACUGCCAAGGAAAAGGAUGAGGUUGUUAAGGAAUAGCUGUUGCCCAUGUGAGGUAUAUUUUCUUGAAACAGAACCUCAGCAUGUCAUCAUCGCAGCAAAGCAAGCUAUUUUAGUCAAGGAUGUGCUUCAACUAUGUGCUUCUCUAUUUAUAUUAUGUCAUUUGGUAUGUUGUGUCAACUGAGAAUUUACAAGUCAUUAGAUAAUGGUCACAGGGAAAAUAAAUUAAUAUGACCUCUGGCCUUUUAUGGGUGAUGAAAACCAUACUUUACAUGAAAUUGAGGUGGGAUUUAGUUGAUGCUUUUUAUUGAAAAUUGUGACCACCAAAAAUAUACAGUACCGGUAAUUUACUUUAAAAAUGUUCUCGGCAGUACACAAUGCACAAGUGUUGUGGACCUCCGAUAGAUGUACAAUGUACAUGUACUUAAUGUUGGUUUCAAGUCGUAUUUUUUGUCUUAUGUAUCAUUUAUUUUGCAGCUUUAAAAUACGGGUCCUUGUUGGUAGAAUUUGGAAAAGGUAGCAAAACUGUGCCGUAUAAUAUUUUCGACGUCGGGCUGUUAAAUGCAUUUACCUAAUAAAUUGUUUUUUUGUGGUGUCCCAGGGAGAUUGUGCGUGUGAAACUAAAGAGAGGGUGUCUGAAGUGAUAGUCAUAGACUUGUUAGUUGAAAUGAGUUACCGUUAACAGGCUCCAAUUACCUGUCAUUUGUACAAGCAACCAAUAAGGUUUAACAGUUCUGCUGUCAAAUUUGAGCUCUUGUGGCUCUGUUAAGAUAUUUACCUUUCAUUUAUACAUGUAUAAGCACUGAAUAAGGUUUCCUAUUUCUGCUGUCAGAUUUUGGAGUUCUUGUGAUGUCCUCUUAUCUACAUUACCUGUUCUAUGACUAUAAUAAUCAGAAAUAAUCCUAUUUCAUUGGUACUAGUUUAUUAUUUUUGCUCUACCCUUUAAUAAACACUCAUUUGUUCUGGCAUAAUUGUAAAACAGGACGUGGCAAAGAAAAUGCUACUUCUCAUCGCUGACCAAUGAACCUGUCCUACAAGAAAUGUAGAAAUGACCAAUGAACUGUAAGCAUUAUACACACACUGUAUCUACUUAUGUAUACCUAUAUCUGUAUGUAUAUUCUGAAACUCUACUGUGAUAUUUCUCUGUCUGCGACCAGUCAGCUGGUCUCUCCACUUGUGGGUCAUUUUUACAGAUAACCUGUAUUCAGUAACCAAAUAGAUGACCUUCAGAAAAUCCAGAAGCCAUUGUACGUCAAAGGUGGAAAUAAAUGUGAUUUAUUUCUGAA